AUGACAGAAUCGAGAGAUACUUUACUGAGAAUUUUGAGUGAUCUCGAAAAUGAGAGUCACCUCUUCGUUCUUUCCGAGUUCAUCGAUGCCAUCGAGGAGUUGGAAAGCCCAACAGCGACUCAAACCAGACCAAUAAUUUCACAUACUACGCGUCCGUUCACAUGGAUCUCUCGAAUGCUACUUCUUGGUAACAAUGAAACGAAUUCGAUAGAUGAUGCCACAAUGGAAGCACCAAACGAAUUCCCACUUCUGCCACUUGGGUCUCAAGGGUCAAGGCCACAAGAUUCUAGUGAAAUCAUUGAGCAAGAGCCAACUAAGACAAAACGAGGGGAAAUUGGUAUUCCUCAGAUUUCUGUGGAUUUGGAAGAGAAUCGGGAAAGGGCUUUUUCUGAAAUGGCUCGUUCUCCGCCACACCUGUUCUCUAUCGAAGAAGACAGUGAUAAUCCCUCACAUCAAGCUGCUCAAGAAAGAAAUCCUUUAUUGGGCGAGAGACGGGCCACCUCGUUGGAAAUGUUUGACAAGAAAAACGCGAAUCUUUCCGAUCGAGAGCGCAAUCCAUCCGCUAAAUCAGCCAUUUUGACACAUACAAACAGUGGAUCCAGUUUACCGAAUCGAGCAGCUCAACGAAAAUUUUUCGCAAAUACACCGAAAAAAAAGGAAACAAACAAAUAUCACACGAAUGCUGAAAGAAUUCUUUCUGUCAUUAAUCAUUACAUGGGACUUGUGAUUCAAAAACAUAAAAUCGAGGAUUUGCACGAUAGAAAUUUGGCAGAACUUUUGUGCUAUGCUUUCUAUGGACAUCGAGAUACGUUUGCUAAAUGGAAAGAGUGCGAGGCUCCAUUGUACUCGGCGCUUCUCGUCAUUUUCGUUUCAGAAAAAUUGUGGUCACGCUUUGAUUACAUCUAUGAAAGUGACGUCGCUGACAUCUUCAUGAGUCAGAAAAAGAAAUUCGAUGAAGCAAGCAAAAUGCUCUUAGAAGUGUGCCAUUCGGCGGAUUUCAAGAGAACACGAGAAUUGCUGUGCGAGCGCUACAUUCCAAGUGAGAAAAUGGACUCAAACGGUGGAACACUUCUCGGUUUAGCGAAUAUGGGUAAUGCUGAAAACUUUUUCUCGCAUAAGAGCUGUCAACGAAUUGUGGAAGAUCGAUGGAAACCUGGAUUUCGUUGCAACAAGAAGAUAUUUUUCUUUACUUUUUUAUUCGUUGGCCUACCACUUCUAUUCUCAAAGAGUAUUAUUCAUUUUACUGGAAAGAAAUAUCAAUCAAGAUGGGAACGUUUCCUUGCAUUUCAUGGCUCUCCUUGUGGGAAAUUUGCUUGGCAUACGUUUCUCUAUGCCAUAUACGUGAUCGUUUUUGGCUUUUUUGUUCAACAAGCUCAUAAAGCUGACAAUGUAAUGAACGUCGUCACUGUGUGGGCUUUAAUGAUGCUCGUCUGGCAGGCUUUGUUUUUUGUUGAAGCUUGUAUUGAAUUCAAAUUACAAGAACGUGGGAAACAGGCUUUCAAUAGUACGCUAUCUCAACACCUCAAAGUCAAUCAUUUCCAUACGAUUUUACAUUUUUUGAUUGUUGUCGUGAAUAGUGUGUUUCUUAUCGCGGCUUUGUUAAUUGAUAACGAGCGAGCUACCUCAUUGAACCUUCAGGAAUUAGUGCCUGCAAAAGUGGAAAAUGUGACGAUGCAAGAAGUGCUUAGUAGAGAAAAUAAUAAGGAAUCCAACCAAUCGAUCACUGCCAUAAUUCGACUUCUCUUGUUAUCGGCUUCCGAGGUGAUAUUUCUUGUCUCAUUCGUUUUUUCGGCUAUUCGAAUGCUUCGUGUGUUCACCGUGGAUCCAUUUUUUGGUUCUAUUGUGAUGACUAUUCGCAGAAUGGUUCAACUCUUCGUUUACUUUUCGGUAAUUCUGGCUGUAUUUUGGAUUGUGUAUGGAGUUUGUCAGAUCGCUUUACAAGGUCGAAAAGAAGAGCACAGUGUUAUUUGGCAGAUCUUUAGUAAUGGUGCUUUCGAAAUUUUCGGAGAGCUUGAAACUUCUUUGAAAGAAGGUAGCAUUUUGGGUUGUAAUGUUUCUUUCAAGUGGGAGAAAUUGCAGGACUUCAGUGGACAAUCAGUUCAAAAAAUGCCGGGUGAUAACAUUGUGGUGGCGGUGAGGGUGAGGCCUUUUAACGAUCGCGAGAAAGCGAUGAAAGCUCAAUUGGUGAUUGAGAUGGCCGACGGGAAGUCAACCGGGAUCAGAGAUCCAAGCAAUAUGUCGGAAGAGCCAAAAAUGUUCACGUUUGAUCACUCGUAUUGGUCACACGAUGGUUACAAAACGGAAUCCAGCGGCUAUUUGGCGCCAAGUGACUCAAAAUACGCGGACCAGAAAAAAGUUUUUGAUGAUUUGGGAAAAGGUGUGCUGGACAAUGCAUGGAAAGGCUACAACUGUUCCCUUUUUGCAUAUGGACAAACGGGCAGUGGGAAAAGUUAUUCGAUGGUUGGCUAUAAAGAAAAUAAAGGCAUUGUGCCAAUCGUUUGUGAAGAUCUUUUUAAAAGAAUCGAGAAGAAUAAGAAGAAAAACAAUGGAACACAAUAUGAAGUGUUUAUAUCGAUGUUCGAGAUUUAUUGCGAAAAGAUCCGCGAUCUUCUAUCUUCAAAACCACCACCAAAAGGCGGACUCAAAAUACGAGAACAUCCAAAAACCGGAUUUUACGUGGAGGGACUGACGAGCAGCCCCGUCAACUCGUUUAAAGAAAUUGAAACAAAAAUUGAUGAAGGAACGAAGAAUCGAACGAUUGCUGCAACGAAUAUGAAUGCAACAAGUAGUCGAGCUCAUACAAUUGUCCGAUUGCAAUUCAAUCAGAAAAGUGGAAAGGGUGGAAGUGGAGCGACCACGAAACAAUCGCAAAUCAAUCUCGUCGAUUUGGCUGGAAGUGAACGACAAAGAGACGCUCAAACGGAGGGUGAUCGUUUAAAAGAAGGAAUUGUCAUCAAUCAAUCACUUUCAACUCUUGGAAGAGUCAUCAAAGCAUUGCAUGAACAACAAAAAACAAAGAAUAAGAAAAUUUUGGUUCCUUAUCGAGACUCGGCGUUGACUUGUCUCUUGAAGAAUGCCUUAGGUGGAAAUAGCAAGACGAUUAUGAUCGCAGCUCUUUCCCCAGCAGAUGUCAAUUAUGAAGAAACUUUAUCAACACUUCGCUUUGCUGAUAGAGCAAAAUCGAUUGUCACACAAGCUGUGGUUAAUGAAAGUGCUACUGAACGAAUGAUUCGAGAAUUGAAAGAAGAAAAUGCAAAACUUCAAGGGCAAAUAAAAGGUGGCAAUGGAAAUUCGGAAGAAAUUGAUAAUCUUCGAAGACAACUCGAGGAAAAUCAAAAAGAAAUGGCAAAUUUGGAAAAGACUUGGCAACAAAAAGUGGCUGAAGAGGCGGCAAAAAUUGGAAAUGUUUCCGCUGAGCGAGCGGAAAUUUUGGAAAAGAAAAAGUUGACGCCACAUUUAUGGAAUCUGAACGAGGAUCCGGCAUUAACAAAUGUGAUUGUGCAUUUCAUUUCUGAAGGAGAAUCAAGCAUUGGAACUGCAUUGGCUCGACCACCAGCCACCAUUCAAUUAAAUGGUCUUUCUAUUCAACCACAACAUGCUGUCAUUUCAAACAAAAGCAAUAAGAAAUUCACCAUUAAAGAGCUUGAAGGAGCUGAUAUUUUGAUCAAUGGAAAAAGGAUUCAAGGAGAACAGGAACUUAAUCAAAAUGAUAGAAUAUUGUUUGGUGGAAAUCAUCUUUAUGUCUUUUGCAAUCCUCAAAAAGGUCCACCAAAUGCAAGUAUCAAUUGGGAGAUGGCGCAAAAAGAGAUUGCGGCAAAUGCGGGUUUAUCGAGUGGAGGAUCGAGAUCUGGGAUGAGCAAGGCUGAGUUGAUGCUUGAAGAAGAGCUGAUUGCUUUAUUCCCAGCCGUAUAUAGAGCGAAUGCAAUGGCUAAAGAAUUGAAAAGAAAUGUGAAUUUUGAGACAGUUUUGGUUUCACCAGAGGCUCGUGGACUUGAAGAUGGUCUUACUGAGAUUUGGAUUCGUGUACAUAACGAGGCUGAUGAUACGAAAUUUUUAUGGGAAAAAACGAGGUUUAUGAGUCGAUACUACGGUAUGCAGGAAAUGUAUGAGAAUAAAAUGGAUGGUGAAGAAUGGGAAUUACCAAAAGAAAGAGAUCCUUUCUACGAGCCACCAGAUAGUGAAGUUUUUAUUGGAGGAGCUGUUGUUUUCCUUCAAUCACUUUCAUAUUUAGUCGAAUCUGAGGAAGCUUUUCCGAUUGUUGAUUUUGAUGGAAGAGAAAUGGGUCAAAUCACUGUUUCUUUGUCACCUUGUAAUGGAUCUGGCCGAGAGAUAAAAGGAGAAUAUGUAGAGAAUCCAAAUACUCUAAUUGGAAAAAGUCUUGGCUACAAAGUGAAACUCAUUUCAGCAAGUGGUCUUCCAAAGAGGCUUUAUGGGUCCUGUUGCAAGUAUCGAUUCUUCAAUGAAAAAGAAGGCAUUACAGCGAAUGUACCAGGCACUGAUCCGAAAUACAAUCACGAAACUCUUUACACAUUUAGAAAUGUUUCUAAAGAGCUUAUUGAAUACCUUUCACAUAACAGUCUUUACAUUCGGGUUUGGGGUACGCAAAAGGCUGGAGCGAGUCGUCGAUCGUCGAUUUCUCUCCCAAUACCACCAAAAGCUAAUGGAGAAACAAGGAGG